AUGGCAUCCAGCAGAAGCGCCUACGGUUCCAUGGCAGUGCUAGCGGCCGUUGUCUUCUCCUUGGCGUUGCUGGCCAUGGCGGCCUCGACGACGACGUAUCCCAUCGGCGGCUUCUGCUAUGAGUCGACCUACGGCGAGAUCAGCGACAGCAACUUCAUCGCCAGGCGGCGCAGCGUCAACUCCCUCCUCUCCGGCCUCACCGCCAAGGCGCGCUCCAACGCCGGCUUCGCCACCUCCUCCGCCGGCAGGGGCGACGCCGUCUUCUACGGCCUCGCGCAGUGCCGCGGCGACGUCUCCGCCGGCGACUGCGACGCCUGCCUCGCCGCGGCCGCCAAGCAGAUCGUCUCCUACUGCGGCAACUACACGUCGGACGCCAGGCUAUGGUACGACUACUGCUUCAUGCGGUACUACGAGUACAACUUCGUCGGCGAGGUGGACACGAGGGCGGACGCGAGCCUCGCGAUGAGGACGUCGUCGGAGGAGAUGGACAACCCCAAGGCGUUCCAGAGGGCGGCGGGGAAGGCGAUGGGGAAGGCGAAGGCGCAAGCGGUGGCGGCGGGCAACGCCGGGCUCGGCAGGGCGAAGGAGCAGUACGCCGCGUUCGUGAGCGUCUACGCGCUGGCGCAGUGCACGCGCGACCUGGCGCCGCCGGCGUGCGCGCAGUGCCUGUCGACGGCGACGUCGAAGCUCGGGCAGCUCUGCGGCGGCGCGCAGGGGUGCCGGAUCGACUACAGCAGCUGCUGGGUGCGCUACGAGAUCUACCCCUUCUACUUCCCGCUCGCCGCCGGCGCCGGCCGCGCCGCCGCCACCGACAUGACCAAGUACACCAAGAUCACCGUGCACUAAUCGAUAAUAACGCACGCGCGUAUGUCUCUCGACUGCAAAUGCAACCAGUGUGUGUUCGUUGUUGUUUUUUGUUUCAGUGAAUAAAUUGAAUCGUGUAAGGCUAACUAUAUAAAAGUUGUAUCAAUGCAAACAUGAUGCAGGCUGUAGCUAGCUUUGAAUAAAUAAGGAUCUGUACCCAGCGUCGU